UGAAUCGCCUGUUCGAAACUGAAUCGGUUAAAUUUGUAAAGUUACGAGCCAGAGUCUGGUUGAAUUUUUUCGAUUGUUUAUAUAUCUUAAACUUUCUCGCCAGCGAUUCAUAAUUAAAAUGGCUCACAAACAGAUCUAUUACUCGGAUAAAUACACAGACGAUCUUUAUGAAUACAGACACGUGGUCUUACCACGGGAACUGGCCAAACAGGUCCCCAAAUCCCACCUGAUGUCCGAAGAUGAGUGGAGGAGACUGGGCGUGCAGCAGUCACUGGGUUGGGUCCAUUACAUGAUCCACGAGCCCGAGCCUCAUAUUCUGCUGUUCAGGAGACCUCUACCCAAGCAAUGACACUAACAACAGCACUCCACUCUUCUGGAACAUUUCUGUGGAUUACUCUAGUAUUCAGUGAAUACCUCCGAACUUUACCAUGUCUCUGUCUCCUGUGUUUGACGGCUCUUAUGCUGGGACAGAGAAUCAAGGGAAUAUGGGAAAUGUGUUUUCAGUGAAAAUCGAAGGGCUCUUAACUCAAUCACGUGACUCGAGCGCCUCUGGGUGAAGCUAAAACUUUCACGAUGUGUGUCUAUAAAAUAAAAGUCUGUGGAGCAUCAUCAGCGUGUAGAAAGCGACAUCGAUGUUUUUCAUGACGGAUGUGUAUUUGAUGUAAAAUGUGCUGUGAACUAUUGCAGGGUCACACGUCUCUAUGAUAGGUUGUGUUUUAUUCUCAGGUUGCGUUGAUGCUUCAGGAAAGGCAAUUGUAUGCUGUUAAGAUGAUCGACUGUUUAAAUAGUGCACAUACUUUUUAUAUUUUUAAUGCGAUGAAAAGGAAUUUAUAAUAGGAACCUGUAUGCCUGAAUUGAAAGUGUAUGCGUUUGGCGGCACUGUAUUAGCAGUUAUUCUUCCAUGAACAGUUAUUAUUCAGAACAAAGUUACUUAAAAAGCUAUGGCUUAUGUAGGAUGAUGUUUUGUUCUUGAGUAUAUUCUUAUAACUUUAAAAAUAAAUGAAGCUCUGUAAUGGUU